AUUUAGCCAAGAAAUCAUUGGCAGUCCCCUCUUGGUCGAUCAACCUCUCACCUCCGCCAACAAGACCAGUUCCGUCUCCCUCCCAUCUUCCGAUCUCCCUCACAUUCUUCUCUCUUCUCUCUUAGCCCUCUACCGGCUACCACCACCGAUUGAGACCUAGCUUAACCAUCUCCUCGUUCAUGAAAGAUGCGUCGUCGCCCACACAUUCCUCUUCCUCUUAUCACCGGUGGCCACCAUGGAAGCCUCAAACCUCAAUUUCUAGUAUUUGAGAGCAUCAAGCCUUAAUUUCAAGUACAAGUAGGUAUCAAAUUCAUGUUUAAUUUCGUAUGUGUUGAUUGGCUUCUAAAAGGAAAAGGGUUUCAGAGAAUCGGUAAAACCCUAAUUCAGUCUCUCGAGAAAGGUGUGUAGGAUCAAACAAUGAACGGAAUGAGCUUGGUGAUGUCAAAACCUUGCUGUCCUAUGUAUAAUUUUGCUAAAAGCAAAAUCCCAUGUCGCUUAUCAAACGGAAUUUCAACUACAUGUAUGUUGAAACAUGGUGCAUAUUCAAUAUCUGCUGUUAAAGAUGGAAAACGUGGUUUGAGAUCUCAAGUACCUACUAAAGGUAAAGGUAGUGGUGUUGUGGUACUCUCUGCUAGUAUCAUUAUUGGUUUAGCUCUAACUAAACACCGAGAGUUUGUUACACAAUUUGUUUCUACUAAGGGAGCAAUUGGAGAAAUUUGGAAAUCAUGUGCUUGUUUUCAUUUCUAUCUAGUCGUCCUGGCUCUUUUUGUAGUUGGACGCCAUCUAGGCGAUAUCCUGUAUGGGGUUGCAGUAUUACGACUUGACAAACCCUUUUCGAUUGGAGAUAUAAUACAAGUUGGAUCUGUGAAAGGUGAAGUUAUUAGGAUGGGACUCAUAAGCACCUUAUUGUUUAGUGCAGACAGUCUUCCUAUAAAAGUUUCAAAUUCAUUGUUUUUUAGUCAGGCUAUUGUGAACAAAUCAAGUGCUAGUUACUGUGCAAUGGUGUCCAAGAUUUUUGUGGGAGUUGAUGUGAUUGAUAAGAUCCAUGAGAUAUCAGAGGAAAUCAUAUACAUGAUGAAAUCUAACUCAAACGUUUACUUGGAGGAAGCGCAUCCUUAUUGUUGCCUUUCUGCUAUUAUAAAUAAUUGUGCAGAGCUUACUCUUGGAUGCAAUCUAAAAAACAUGAGUGAAGACGAGUUAUUUUCAGCAAAGCAAGAUAUUCUUCUGCAGUCAGAUGAGAUAAUCAAGAAGCAUGGGGUCAAACUACAUAAGCACAUGGGGGAAGUAAACAGGUAUGUUUCAGAGGCUUAUAUGGAUCGAUUUCAAUAUUCAACUAAUUCAAGCUUUGGCGAUUUAAAUGCUCUAGUAUUUAACAAAUUUCAACUAGUAAAGAAAAUGCGAUAA